AUGCCCUCUUACGGAAACCCCAUCAUCCACCAGACUGCUCCCUCCGUCAGCAGCCGCUACACUGCAUCGUCCGGCUCAUACCCUUCCUCCAACGCCUCUUACACACCGCGGUCCAUGUCGCCUUCUGACGAAAUCUCCCUCCGCGUCUACGGGGCCGACCAGCACAUGUCCACCAUGAAGAACUCGUCAAGAGUCACCGUCGUGAACCGCAAGCAGUCUGGCUACGAGCACGGCGCGCCCUCACCACACUACGGCGGCUCCUAUGUGCGCAAGUGA